AUGGCCAACCAGGAGAGCUCUGCCGUGUCCAUUCUGGGCCUGGCCCAGAACAUCGUCGAACUCACUCAGGACAUGUCCAAGUAUUUCCAGGCCAACAAUCUUGUCGCGCCUACCUUUGCACUUGACUCGCAAGACCCACCGGACACGCCGGAGUACCGCCGCAUCCAUGCCGCCCUCAAGACGUCUCUGGAAGAUCUCCUGCGUCUCAUCGAUGGCCCUCGAAAGUGGUGGAGGCAGUUCUGCUGCACCGGCUACGACCUCGGUGCUCUCCAAGUCGCGCUCGACUUUGAGUUUUUCCAGCUGGUGCCGAGCCACGGCGAAAUCACGCUCGAGGAGCUGGCCGAGAAGGCCGGGCUCGACGUGGACCGCACCGCCCGCGUGGUGCGCCAGCUCAUGACGUACCGCAUCUUCGAGGAGCACCGUCCCCGGGUCAUCUCGCACAGCUCCACGUCGCUGGUGAUGCAGCAGGACGAGGAGCUGCGGUCUGUCGUGCACUACUCGCUCGACGAGAUGCUCAAGGCCGCUGCCGACUGCAACAUCACCUUCAAGGCGCACCCGUACGAGGCGCACCAGAACCUCAACCCGUUCGUCACGCGCCACGGGGUGGGCAUCUUUGAGUACUACCAGAAGAACCCGGACAAGGCGCGCAGGUUUGCCAAGGCCAUGGCCGGGCUGCGAAAGAUGGACCGCCACCUUGACUACCUGCUCUACGAUGGCUUCAACUGGGGUGCGCUCAAGGGCACCGUCGUUGACGUGGGCGGCGGCAACGGCCACAUCUCCAAGAGCCUGGCUGAAGCGUACCCCAACCUGAAUUUCAUCGUCCAAGACUCCAACGCGGACAUGCUGGCCGAGGGACGCGAGUCGCUGUCGGAAUCGCUGCGCGGGCGGGUGGCGUAUUCACAACACAGCUUCUUUGACCCGCAACCGGUGCGCAACGCGGCGGCGUUCCUGAUCCGGCAGUGCACGCACAACUGGGCCGACAAGGACGUGGUCAAGAUCUUCAAGGCGUUUGUCCCCGGCCUGGAGGGGUCCAGCCCGGACACGCCCCUGCUUAUUAACGAUAUUAUCAUUCCUGAGCCCGGCGUCUGGCCGCGCCAUCUGGAACGUAUCGUCCGCCAGGUCGACAUGGUCAUGCUUGUCAAUUGUGGCGCUAAGCAGCGUACCAGGGCGGAGUUUGAGGCGCUGCUGAAGGAGGCAGAUCCAAGGUAUGAGAUUCGUAAUGUCUUUGAUAAUGGGCCGUUGGGGUUGCUGGAGGUUUAUCUGAGGAGGGAUUGA